UAUUUUUAAAAUGAAAAAUAAUAGCAAACCUCAAUCUGAUACUUCGGGCCAAUCGGGCUUGAAAAAGAAAAAGUUUAAUAUGGGAAUCGAUGAAAGAAAUUCUGAUAAUGAUGAUGAUAGAGUUUUGGUACCUUUUAUAAGGGAUGUGCUUGCCGUUGCAAAUGUGAGUGAUCAACCGCCGGUUGUUCAAAUUGCUGUUGGGGCGAGUGGAGGAGUGGUGACCGGUUAUUUAUUUGGCAAAACAAGCAAAGUUGUUGCUGCAUUUGUCGGUGGAGCUAUUUUACUUGUUCAGUUGUUUGAAUGUCAAGGCUAUUUAACAAUAAACAAAAAAAGAUUGAGUCGAGACAUUGGACAGGCAAAAGAACAACUUUCUGCUGUUCUGGGGACUGUUAAUAAUGGAGAAACAAAAAAUUGGGUUGAUAAUUGUGUGGCGAAGGGAGAGGCUUUAAUUUCGAGAAAAUCGACGAAUAAUAAUGGAAUGGUAAGCAACUUUUUAAUUCAAAAUAUUCGAACAAUUGGUGGAUUUCUGGGAGGGGUGCUUCUUGGAUUUGGGUUGUCUUGA